CCUCCUCAAACUCGACCUCAAUCCCUUCUCAAUCCCCUCAAUUCUCUCCCCUACACAGGGACCACCGUUCCAAUGGACCGCGAACAAUUCCGCGCCGCGGCCUACUCGGCCAUCGACGAGAUCAUAACCUACAACGACACUCUCCCCUCCCAACGCGUCCUCCCCACCGUCGAACCCGGCUACCUCCGCCCUCUAAUCCCCUCCUCUCCCCCCGAAGACCCCGAACCAUGGUCCGCCAUCCAAUCCGACAUCGAAACCAAGAUCAAACCCGGCAUCACCCAUUGGCAACACCCCAACUUCAUGGCCUUCUUCCCGGCCGGCGUCACCUACCCCAGCAUCCUGGGUGAAAUGUACAGCGCCGCAUUCACCGCCCCGGCCUUCAACUGGCUCUGUUCCCCAGCCUGCACCGAACUCGAAACCAUCGUCAUGGACUGGCUCGCCCAAGCCCUCGCCCUCCCCGAGUGCUUCCUCAGCACAUCCUCGAACCGCGGCGGCGGCGUCAUCCAAGUCACUGCCUCUGACACAGUCGCGACAAUGAUGAUUGCUGCGCGCGAGCGGCGCGUCACGGAACUUGUUCUCGCUGAGGGUCUCAAGCCAGACACGGUCGAAUACGAAGAUCGGAUGAUGGACAUCCGACCGAGGUUGGUCGCCCUGGCGAGUAACCAGGCGCAUAGUAGUACGGCUAAGGCUGCGUUGUUGGCUGGGACUCGGUUCCGGAGCGUGCAGGCCCGAUUGGAAGAUAAUUUGGAGAUGACCGGGGAACGGUUACGGGAGGUGUUGGAGCAGGCAGAUCGGGAUGGAUUGACGCCGUACUUCAUUACCCUGGGUAUGGGAACGACGAACUCAUGUGCGCUGGAUCGGUUCACGGAGAUUAAGGCCGUGUUGGCGGAGAAGGAACAUUGGAAGAGGAUUUGGGUGCAUAUUGAUGCGGCGUAUGCGGGGGCCGCGUUGGUGGCGGAUGAGUGGCAGUAUAUUGCGAAGGAGUUUGCGGAGGGAGUGGAUAGUUUUAAUGUCAAUAUGCAUAAGUGGUUGUUGGUUAACUUUGAUGCCAGCUGCCUCUUCAUCCGCAACCGCGAAGAUCUCACCAACGCCCUAGACAUAACCCCCGCCUAUCUCCGCAACCACUACUCCGACUCCGGCAAAGUAACCGACUACCGCAACUGGUCCAUGUCCCUUGGCCGACGAUUCCGCGCCCUCAAGAUCUGGUUCGUCAUGCGCAGCUACGGUCUCAGCGGCAUGAAAGCCUACAUCCGCAAAACGAUCGGACUCGGCGAAACAUUCGCCAAUCUAGUGCGUAGUCGCACCGAUCUCUUCGAGAUCAUCACCAAACCCGCAUUCGCGUUGACCGUGUUCCGGGUGAAGAGUCCCAAGUCUGCGAUCGCGGAAGGAGGAGUCGCGCAGCCAGACGAAGCAUCGAACGAGUUAACCAAGGAAGUCUACGAAUUGGUCAACUCCCGAGGCGAGAUCUUUAUUACUUCGACGGUGGUGGCGGGCGUGUAUGCUAUUCGGGUGGUGAGUGCCAAUCCGGCGGCUGAGGAGAAGUAUAUCCGGAGGGCAUUUGAGAUUUUGGUGGAGACGGCGGAGGAGGUUAUUAAACGGGGGAAUUAGAGAUUGGGUGUAUAGUAUAGGAUUUGUUUGGGUUGUCUAGACGGUACUUACGGUGUUGGGAUCUAGAUAGAGUUGGUUUUGUAGAAUAUGAAGAUACGAUAUAAUUUGUUG